CUGGGCCGGCGGCCGGCGCGGCGCAGAAGUUUGCAGAGCGCUUUCUCUCCGCCAGAUCCCAGAUUCGCGCAGCGCCCUGCGCCGCCACCUUCAGCCGCCGCCGCCCUGUUCUCUCGAGAUUACUUCUCCGCUGAGGACAUACGUUCUGUUUGCAGGAAUUAGAGGUGGGCCUGAGGGAGUGCCGAGGAGCAGCUGAAGGGCGCCGUUUCGGUGACAGCUUCGCGUUGGGACGCCUGAAGCGUGGGGCUCCAGCUCCCGGCGAAUCUCGCCCACCUCCCGCGGCCUCCGGGCGGGCGAUGCGGCCGCCGAGCCCCGCAGCGCGGAGAGGAAGGAGGGCGGCCCGGACAGCCUAGAGCUUGUUUCUGCCUACUUGACGAAGAGGGCAUGGAGUUGUGAGCGCCACUCGCUCGGCGAGGCCUCACCCGGCAGGCUCCCCAUGGCCGGGACGUACAGCUCCACUCUGAAGACGCUGGAGGACUUGACCUUGGACUCCGGGUAUGGGGCCGGGGACUCGUGCCGCUCGCUCAGCCUCUCAUCCUCCAAGUCUAACUCGCAGGCGCUCAACUCUUCUACGCAGCAGCACCGCGGGGCGGCCUGGUGGUGCUAUUCUGGCUCCAUGAACAGUCGCCACAACAGCUGGGACACGGUGAACACGGUGCUGCCCGAGGACCCCGAAGUGGCUGACCUCUUCUCGCGCUGUCCGCGGCUCCCCGAGCUGGAGGAGUUCCCCUGGACCGAGGGAGAUGUGGCCCGGGUGCUCCGCAAAGGCGCCAGCGGCCGGCGGCCGCCCCAGUUCUCCGCUGAGGCGGUGAGGCGCCUGGCCGGGCUUCUGCACAGGGCGCUCAUCCGCGUGGCUCGCGAGGCGCAGCGUCUAAGCGUGCUGCACGCCAAGUGCACCCGCUUCGAGGUGCAGAGCGCCGUACGCCUGGUGCACAGCUGGGCGCUGGCCGAGAGCUGCGCGCUAGCCGCUGUCAAGGCGCUGUCCCUGUACAGCAUGAGCGCCGGCGAUGGGCUGCGCCGGGGCAAGUCCGCGCGCUGCGGCCUCACCUUCUCUGUGGGCCGCUUCUUCCGCUGGAUGGUGGACACCCGCAUCUCCGUGCGCAUCCACGAGUACGCGGCCAUCUCGCUCACCGCCUGCAUGGAGAACCUGGUGGAGGAGAUCAAGGCCAGGGUGCUGGCCAGCCAGAGUCCUGAUGGCGGAGGGGCUGGGGGCGGAGAGGUGUCCGCCGAGGCCCUGGAGAUGGUCAUCAACAAUGACGCCGAGCUCUGGGGCGUCCUGCAGCCCUACGAACAUCUGAUUUGCGGCAAGAACGCCAAUGGUGUCCUCUCCCUCCCCGCAUACUUCAGCCCCUACAACGGUGGCGGGUCCCUGGGCCAUGACGAGCGAGCCGAUGCUUAUGCCCAGCUGGAGCUUCGGACUCUGGAGCAAUCCCUCCUGGCCACCUGUGUGGGCAGCAUCUCAGAACUGAGUGAUCUGGUCUCCCGAGCCAUGCACCACAUGCAGGGGCGCCACCCCUUGUGUCCAGGUGCCAGCCCUGCCCGCCAGGCCCGCCAGCCGCCACAGCCCGUCACCUGGUCCCCUGAUGCCCUGCACACGCUCUACUACUUCCUGCGAUGUCCACAGAUGGAGUCCAUGGAGAACCCCAACCUGGACCCCCCAAGAAUGACCCUGAACAAUGAACGGCCCUUCAUGCUGCUGCCGCCCCUGAUGGAGUGGAUGCGCGUGGCCAUCACCUACGCAGAGCACCGCCGCAGCCUCACCGUGGACAGCGGCGACAUCAGGCAGGCAGCCCGGCUGCUGCUGCCUGGUCUGGACUGUGAACCUCGGCAGCUCAAACCCGAAUGCUGUUUCAGUUCCUUCCGGAGGCUGGAUGCCCGAGCAGCUACUGAAAAAUUCAACCAGGACCUGGGUUUCCGCAUGCUCAACUGUGGAAGAACGGAUCUCAUCAACCAGGCCAUUGAGGCCCUGGGGCCAGAUGGAGUUAAUACCAUGGAUGACCAGGGGAUGACACCGCUGAUGUACGCCUGUGCUGCCGGGGAUGAAGCCAUGGUCCAGAUGUUGAUUGAUGCCGGGGCAAACUUGGACAUCCAGGUUCCAAGCAACUCUCCCCGGCACCCUUCCAUCCAUCCUGACAGCCGGCACUGGACCUCACUGACAUUUGCUGUGCUGCACGGACACAUCUCUGUGGUCCAGUUGCUGCUGGAUGCUGGUGCCCACGUGGAGGGCUCUGCAGUCAACAGUGGUGAGGACAGCUAUGCGGAGACACCCCUGCAGCUAGCCUCUGCGGCUGGGAACUACGAGCUGGUCAGCUUGCUGCUGAGCCGAGGCGCCGACCCCCUUCUCAGCAUGCUGGAAGCCACUGGCAUGGGUUCCUCCCUCCAUGAGGUCAUGAACUGCUUCAGCCACUCCGCUGCCCACGGCCACAGGAAUGUCCUGAGGAAGCUCCUGACACAGCCACAGCAGGCAAAAGCAGACGUGUUGUCCCUGGAGGAAAUCCUGGCAGAGGGCGUAGAGGAGAGUGACACGUCCAGCCAGGGCAGCAGCAGCGAGGGGCCUGUGCGGCUGAGCCGGACCCGCACGAAGGCCCUGCAGGAGGCCAUGUACUACAGUGCUGAGCAUGGCUACGUGGACAUCACCAUGGAGCUGAGGGCACUGGGUGUGCCCUGGAAGCUGCACAUCUGGAUCGAGUCUCUGAGGACCUCCUUCUCCCAGUCACGGUACUCGGUGGUGCAGAGCCUCCUGCGGGAUUUCGGCUCCAUCAAAGAGGAGGAGUACAAUGAGGAGCUGGUGACCGAGGGCUUGCAGCUCAUGUUUGACAUCCUCAAGACCAGCAAAAACGACUCGGUCAUCCAGCAGCUCGCUGCUAUCUUCACCCACUGCUACGGAAGCAGCCCCAUCCCCAGCAUCCCAGAGAUCCGGAAGACCCUGCCGGCCAGGCUAGAUCCUCACUUUCUGAACAACAAGGAGAUGUCAGAUGUGACCUUCCUCGUGGAAGGAAAGCUGUUUUAUGCACACAAAGUCCUGCUGGUGACAGCAUCUAAUAGGUUCAAGACACUAAUGACCAAUAAAUCAGAACAAGAUGGGGACAGUCGCAAGACCAUUGAGAUCAGCGACAUGAAGUACCACAUUUUUCAGCUGAUGAUGCAAUACCUGUACUACGGAGGGACAGAGGCCAUGCAGAUCCCCCCAGCUGACACCCUGGAGCUGCUGUCAGCUGCCAGCCUAUUCCAGCUGGACGCCCUGCAGAGGCACUGUGAGAUUCUGUGCUCCCAGACCCUCAGCGUGGACAGUGCUGUGAGCACCUACAAGUAUGCCAAGAUCCACAAUGCCCCAGAGCUGGCCCUGUUCUGCGAGGGCUUCUUCCUCAAGCACAUGAAGGCCCUGCUGGAGCAGGACUCCUUCCGGCAGCUCAUCUACAGCCGCAGCAGCAAAGUCCAGGGCCUGGAUCCACUGCAGGACCUGCAAAGCACCCUGGCUGAGCGGGUGCACUCUGUCUACAUCACCUCCCGCGUGUGAGGGGCAGGGAUGACUGGCCGGCACCAGAGGGAUGGGACAGGCUGCCAAAGCCAGGAGCAGUGUGCUGGGGCUUGUGGACACGCAGGGCCCCCCCAGGUGGCGGGAAUAGUUGGAGGCCCUCUUGGAGCCAGGUUCACAGUGGGCUUGGUUUCUCUCUCCCCAGCUGCCUGCUCUGGUGUUGAUCGGUCCUUGGGUAGACAGAUAAGCCCAAAGCCCCCCAUCACAAGGUAGCCCACCCUCAACUCCUCUGCCCUAGAGCUCGUCAACCACUGAUGAGCAAAGGCGGGAUGAGGACAAAAGGUGGUCCUUUGAUCCCACGGUUUGCACCUUGAGGGCCCUGAGCACUUACUCUGUGCCCUGUCCCUUCCCGCAGGCCAGCAGCUGGUCCUGGAUCACCUCUGCUGCAGUGCUCUGAUUAGACCUCCAAGCUCCAGCACACCCUACAUCCUCAGUAAGCUCAGACCAGGCCAACUGGGCUCCCGGGGCAGGGAGUCCUGAUGAAUGUAUAGAAUGUAUAGAAUGUAUGUGCUGACUGGGCCCCAGGCCGUGUAAUUCCAAAGCUGAUGUCUGUCUUCCUAAUGUCAUGUGGGAAAGUCUGCCCAUCAAGGCUUUGAAAAACUUGAUGUGAGCUUCCAGGGGGCUGGGGAUCCACCCAGAGGGCCACUUUGAGUCCACAUCUUCUUUGGUGUCUGACUACCAGCUUGCUCAGUAGAGGGCAGUUGCCCAGCUGAUGGCUUCUGAGGGCAGUUUGGGGAUACAAGUGGGUAAUACUGUAGGAGCCUUGGUGGCCUCAGCUCUUGUUUUGCUGCUGUUUGGGGAGCCAAAGUCACCCCACGCCUAUACCUAGGUUGCCUCUGUGGGCUCAGGAAACAGAGCCAAAGUGUCCUCCCUGGCAAGUCUCACAAAUUAAAGUUUCCUUUAACUAAGGAUUAGAGAGCUGGGCAGGGCUGUGCAAACCUGAGGGACAAGGACAGGGGUGCGGUGGACAGGAAGGGCUGGGAGAAGAGGCUCUCCUGCCCUGUCCCCUGCCCCACACCCUUAGCUUCUGUGGGCUUGGAGCACUCUCUGACACCUGUCAUAUUUAUGGGCCAGACACUGGGGGAGCAUUCUGGACAGUCUGCACUGGGUGUAGGCUACUUCAGCUGUCUGGCCAUGUUAGAAACUAUUUAUUCACUAAAAGCCCCAGGCAUUUCAGGAGGUGUCACCUGGGCCACCUUGAAAAGCCCCAGGGGGCUUGCAAUCUUUGGAAAUAUUUUUGACUAGCUGCUUGAGCUGGAUGUACAAAGGAAUAGGUGUUAUUUUAUUGCUGUAAUAUUGUAUGAUACUUUAACUGUACAUUAAUGUUGUCACUUAUUGUAAAUGUACCAUGGUUUUAUUAACAAUAAACACCCAUUAACAAUGA